GACAUUAGAAUGAAAGCUAAGCAGCAAAUACUUCAGGUACAGGAGGAAAAUAGGAAGACUUUCAAUGAGAAGAGGAAACCAAGUUCUCAAUACAAAGAAGGAGAUUUGGUGGCCAUAAAGAGGACUCAGUAUGGACCGGGUUUGAAGCUGAAACCUAAGUAUCUAGGACCGUACCGGGUGACGAAGGUUAAGCGGAAAGAUCGUUACGACGUAGAGAAGGUGGAUACUGCUGCUGAAGGGCCUAAUAAGACGUCCAGCUCAGCUGAUCAAAUGAAGCCGUGGCCUAAUUAGGUAAAGUAUCUUGCUAUUUAAAUAAGAGGU